UUAUAAUGACUCUUUAAUGUUCUCAGAUGGCCGAGGGCGAUAAGAAAAAGGUUGCCCGUAAGCAUGGCAGCCGUAACCCUGUGCUGGUCAGGGGCAUCGGCCGCUAUUCCCGCUCUGCCAUGUUCGCUCGCCGGGCCAUGUACAAGAGGAAGACUAAAGCUCCCGUGACGAAGGUGGAAAAGAAAAUCAAGGAGAAGAAGGUGAAGCAGAAGCAGAAGUCGAAGAAUCCCACCACGGCCAUCAAGACUGUCGGCGGAGACAAAAAUGGAGGCACUCGUGUUGUCAAACUGCGCAAAAUGCCCCGUUAUUAUCCCACAGAAGACGUGCGCCGUAAGCUGCGGAGUCACGGCAUCAAAGCCUUCUCUCAGCACCGCAGAAAACUGCGCAAAACCAUCACCCCUGGAACUGUGCUGAUCAUGCUGACCGGACGCCACCGUGGAAAGCGAGUGGUUUUCCUCAAGCAGCUGGACAGCGGCCUCCUCCUCGUCACCGGUCCUCUGGCUAUAAACCGCGUCCCUCUGCGUAGAGCUCACCAGAAGUUCUGCAUCGCCACAAACACCAAAGUGGACAUCUCUGGCAUGAAGAUCCCCAGAACAUUGACCGACUCUUACUUCAAGAAGAAGAAGCUGAGGAAACCCAAACACCAGGAGGGAGAGAUCUUCGACACCGAGAAGGAGAAGUACCAGUUGACAGAGCAGCGCAAGACAGACCAGAAAGCAGUGGACGCUCAGCUGCUUCCUCUGAUCAAGAAGGUUCCUCAGCUCAGGGGUUACCUGCGCUCCAUGUUCUCCCUGUCUAAUGGAGUCUACCCACACAAACUGGUUUUCUAAAAUGCUAAUAAAACGUCAACCCAGA